AUGGCAUUGAGUACAGCACAAUGCUACCAAGAGCUGCCAGAACACUACUUUGGCGUCAUAGUCCAACCCUCCUGGACGUCGGAGCAAGGGCAGAAGCCAGAUCCCAAAAUUAAAGCCAAAGUCGAAGUAACCCAGCAGCGUAUCGACGAGGUAAAGGCGCUUCGUGAGGAAAUCAGCAAAGGCAGCGCUCAGGAAACGGAAAACGAACGCCAGGUGCAGCAACUCACAAAAGAGCUCAAUGCACAACAGGCUGGUCGCGAAGCGCUCGGAAAAGUGGUUGGUUCAGCACAUGAUAGCAGCGACGAUGAUCUGGUCGGUGCCGGCGAGCAAACUUCGCCAAAUGGGAUGCCCAACUUGGUGGAAGCCAACUCGCAGGUUGUUCACGAAUUCGAUAUGCGUAAACUGCGUCGGCUGGAGUUCUCGAAACGUCGCAACCGUGAAGCUUUGAUACUCAAAUCCGUCGAGGAGGAUUUCACCUUCAAUCUGGGCGAUGACGUGCAACAAUGGGCGCAUAUACAGCACAACGGCACGGAGUAUUUUGUGGGACGUCGUGAACGAGAUCUGUUGAUUGUGCAUAAAGAGAGCGCUACAUAUAAGACAGGCAUAAUUGUCGAUGUGGGUCAGCACAUAUCCUACUUAACCACGUACUCCUUCUGGAAUGACGCGCAAUCACAAACGGAAGGUGUUAUUUUAGUGGCUGAGCAGGAUCGUGUGCUAUGGUAUCGGGUUAAUAAUGUGACGCGCAGAGUGGAAUUGUACUGGCAAUGGGUUGUGGGUAACACUAUCACUGGACUCACUUACUUCACAGUAGAGAGCAAAGACUACGUGGUUGUGUCUACAAAUCAAUCCUCACAUACCGGCUUUUACACGCUGAAUAUUUAUCAAUUCGACCUAGGCUCACGCGAAUUUUGGAUUGCACAGCGCAUGCAAUUAGAGUUUCCUUGCCCCGAGACCACCUUACUCGAUACGGGUCGUGAUCUGAUACUCGCCGUGCCACAGAACCAAACAGCUGCCAUCUAUACAUUCAAUCCGCGCGCCGACACCACAGACUACUUGCGUUUCAAACUCAAGCAGCAAAUCGCAUCCGAUGAUAUUGAGUCUAUCGCCAGCUUCAAAAUGGGUGGACGUAGCUAUAUCGCAAUUGGCGGUCAGCAGCCACAAAUUUUACUCUAUCAGCAGGGUGAGCUUUUGCCCAAAACAAUAUUGGCGCAUAAUUUUGGCGUUGUGCAGCUCUUCUUUCCAGUGCCGGUGCGCACCUACCGUGACGAUCUGAUACUGCUCGUACAACAUCGUGUCGACUUCAGCACGCACAGCCUCACGGUGCUCGAGACCUUGAUAUGGGAUGGCGAGGCGUUUGAGGCCAGCAUACCGGUACCAUGCAAGCUUGGGAAGCACACAGUCUUUGGCGUGAGCUGUAUGUUGGAUAUACAACGCGAUGCCGGUCUAAAAGGCGCAGCCUACUUUCGACGCGGCGAUGAAGUGUCGUUAAUUGUACCGCGCCACAAUGCUGAGUCUGGGCUAUUUAAGCUGCACACUGAACUGCUAGCGAAGAAUUCAGAAUACCUUGACCUGCAGGAGAUCUUCGCUUUCCUAAAGGAUUGGGUGAAGGAACAGGAUGACUUGGUGGCGCAAGCACAAACGUUUCUUCAAGGACCUGCUGGCGACACGCCAAUGACACAACCGGAUCUUACGCAGCUCGAAGAACUAGAAACACCAGAACUUCUUUUGGAUGAUGGUGAGGUGGGUGAAAUCUAUGUUAACGACUACCGCUGGACGGACGAAGAUACUUUACUUCAUCUGGAUCAUGUAAUAACAGCUAUUGAACAGCUGGCAUCGGAUUUAAACAUUGCCAGGCAUAGACGCGACACUGCUUUUGAUGAGUUCAAUUUCGAACACUUGGAAUUUGAUAGUCUGGAAGUGGAUGAAAUGAUUGUGCAGCAAGUCAACGGUGAAGAUUUUUAUGUGAAGGAUGGGAUGCUAGAGUUCAAUGGGCUUUUGAAUGUACAAGACAUGCAAGUUUUGGAACAUUUGGGUGCAGCCGAGGAGCGGGAAGCAGAUGACGAGAAUGAAGAUGAGAGCAGCAUAGAGGAAAGUGACACACUAGUGUUCGAUGGCGACUUGGAAUUUGAGUCCAUUAAUGGCAUAAGCUGGCAGGAAAUAAAGGAGAAUAUGGUGUUUACAGAUGUGCCGUUGGGCUUUACUCAGCUCGAAGUGGAUGGGGAAGUUGUAAUCGAGAACAAAAUCUCGUUGAAUGCAUUGAACUCACUCGACUUUCCUGAUGAUUUCCUCUGGUCUGAUGGUCCUACAGUUAGCGUUGUGCGCGGCGAAAAAACUUUCACCGACACGCUGAGUGUAAAGGCGCUCGACACUGAAGGUUUGCUGAACGCCGUGAACGCAUCGGACGCCAUUACGUUGAGCGGCGCACAAGAAUGGCUUGGACAUCCAACUUUCGCCAACCUCAAAAUUACGGAGAUCUUUCAGCUCAAUGGCACCACACGUGGACGUGACAUCGGCAAUCUACCAAACAACCCUACGUUGAAGGACUCAAAUCAGAUUGAGGCUAUUUGCAACUUUAAGCAGCUGCAGGUGCAUGGUCCCAUACACAUAAAGGGGCUGUAUGACGGGCAACCGCUUGAACCUCUCUUGCGUGAUAUCGUGCAACGACCCGCACAUCCUGAGGCCACUAUCACCGUGCGUGCUAAAAAGCGCUUUAGCGACGUGCAAAUGCCGUUGGACUUUGAAGUGUUGGAUGGCAAGUUGAAUAACAUACCAGUGGAGAAUUUCGUGCCGGCGCAUACAAAGCAGACGUUGGAUAUGACCGCCUUGCAGGCGUAUGUUUAUUUUUCCAAUCUCACGCUUAGUGGUCGCUACGAUGGCGUGGAUCUGGAGGAGCUUAUGCAGAAUGCGAUCAGAAUAGAUCAGCCACAGGUAGCUUUGGACACACAUCUAAGUUUCGCAAACGCUUUACAGAGCGACGAAGUGGAUGUAACGACUAGUCUAAAUGGCGCGCCUAUAGCGGAGAACUAUCAAACCAUCGAUGAGGAUAUGAAUAUACCCGUUGCGUAUUUUGAGCUGCUACAAGCUAAGGAGGCUGAUAUACUGGGAAAUAUUGAAGGCGACAACGCGAAAUGGAAUAUGCACUCGCAGGCGCAGUCUGAUGAGGAUAGCGGAAACAUGCCAACCGGCAACAUUUACAUAGAAGAGCUCAAGCUCGCUUACGGCCUAGACGUAGAUGAAAUUCAUGGCAUUAACGCUUCGCUGGUUUGGAGUUUUCUCGAUGAGAUCGAUGACUUGCCCCAAAUGGUUUUGGAUGGUAAAAUCGUAGUGGAUCACGUCAUAGUUACCGGCGAUGUUCACGUACACAAGCUCAAUCAGCAACGCUUCGAUGAGGAUUUGCAACUCACCAUUGUGUGGUUGAAUCGCCCCAAUUACCUAAGCACACGCCUCACAUUCAGCGAUCCACUCGUGGUACAUGGAAAACUCCAAAUAAACGGCGCAUAUAAUGGCAUGAACCUGCAAGCGAUCAUUGAUGAUAUGAUUUUCCGCGAACCCACCAACGGCACAGUACAAGUGUUCGCCCCAAAGAGCUUCACGCAGCGUGUGCAAGUCGUGCGCGACACACACUUGGAGGCUCUCAACGGCAUACCCUUCUCAGACAUCGCCACCAAGAAAACCAUUUGUAACUUCCGCGGCACUCUGCAGCUGCACGGCAAUCUAAUCGUAAAUGAGCUUGAACUCGCUGGCGCGCUUAACGGACAACCAAUGUCUGCAUUUAGCAGAGCGAUACGCUUUGAUCAUGACAUGCGAAAUUUCAUAAUGCAAGGCGUUGUAAACUUCAGCACGCAACAGUUACACUUGCAAGACCUAACUGUGCGCGGCCAACUUAAUGAGAUGCCGAAUUUGGCACACUUCUUCGACGAACUGGUCUACAAGGAUAAAGUUUGUAUGCUGAAAGGUUCGAAUACUUUCACUGGUCGCGUGAGUAUAGAGAAAGGCGCAUAUAUACGCAACUUGAAUGGCUAUAACCUUUUGACGCUAUUUGAUAAUAUCGUCUAUGUGAACGAACCGCAACCGGUGCUGAUAAGGGCACCUCUGACAUUCAAGGGUUCAGUGCGCGCGCAAAAUUGGUUCGUACAGGAUACACUUGAGGCAACUCAUUUAAAUGGGUUUGCAUUGAAGGAGUGGUUCACGGACACUUUGCGGCUGGAUAAACCGCAGGAAAUAGAACAGUAUCUCAUAUUUGCGCCAUGCAGCUUAAAUGGCAAUAGUUUCUACGCAAGCUAUCUGAACGACAUUGAUCUUUCGCAAGUCAUUACUUUGCAUACGGCACAAAAUCUUACCGGCAACAUUACAUUCUCCGAGUUACAUUUGGAUGGGCAAAUUCAUGUGCAAGGUGCGGUAAAUGGUGUCGAUUUGGAAAAGGAGUAUGCGAAUACUUUAAUGACUCAUGGAAAUCAACACGUCAUUACGCCGCUAACACUGCAUUCCGCAUUAGUGCGUGGAAAUCUAAGAACCAACGCCCCUGUAAACAAUGAUAAAGAUUUGCGUGAAGUUGCAAUGCUUAACGGCGACCAGCAUUUUGAGUCGCCGCUCUAUUUUGAGGAUGUGAAUGCAACGGAAGUAAAAACCAAAUACCGCAUGUCAGGCAUAAACAUGGACGAAUGGUUCAGGACCGCGCUGCGAACGGCCGGCAAAUCGCAGCAGUUCAUUACCGGCAAUUGGAGUGCGCGCACAUUAAAUGUCAACUCUGGGCCCACAUUACCAAGCUACUUGGCCAGCGGGCGGCCGCGACCAAUGCCCUUUGGUGCGCUGAUACGUAGCGUGCGCGAAGGUAAGCAAUACGAGGAUUUGUGUGAGCAGUUGAGGAGGCUGGUGAAGAAGCAGCAGCGACGCGGUUACCAGUUGAAAUACUUGGAGCGGGCAUUUGAGUUGGACUUGAAAAGGGAGGUUGAAGCAGAUGCUGAUCGCAUUGAGAAAAUACAGGCAGUAUUCGCUAUGGAAAACGAAGGUGUCAAUUACCUCCUAAUUAAUAUGGUUAAUCAAACACGUGUGUUAAAGUGGAACCCACUUAGUGGGAUGUACGACGAGGUAGUCAUCUUUCAGUCUGGCACCAUCAAUCAAGUAAUCGCGAUGGAAGCAGCGGGGAUGUCAGUGUCAAACACUAUACACUUUGUAACUAACAAGGCAGGCGUAGAAGGUUCACUUAAGUACUGGCGUCUGGAGCGCAAUAACCUUACAUUGCUGAAGUCAUUUGAGAAACCGGCCACUGAGCUGAUGUUAUCGGCACACAUGCCCGACAAAUUAUACGCUUUAAACACAGAUACCGUCUACGGCUAUGAUUUGAGUAAACUCAGCCACACCAAUACCUGGUUUCUGCCUGACUGGCUGGACAACACGAGCUAUCGCUUUGUACCCCACCACUCGCAGGCGCUUAUGGUUACCAACGGCGAGGUAAUACUGCUCUUCAACGAUGACGAGUUUAGCGCGCGUGACAAGCGGACCUCAGCGCCGAAUUACAGUCUACCCCUUUCCUACCAACGUGUAAUUCGCCCACAAGCUUACAACCUUACCGAAGUUGUGCUAAAGCCGAAUGCUUCGCUAACGCAUCAAUUCCAACUCGCUGACUUCCGCGUUGUUAUCGGACACAUUCUUGACGACUUGAAUUACCGCCUGCGACUUGAGGUGAAUAUUACACAACUCAGCAUACCGGAGACGGAUUUGCACGACGAGCACUUGAUGCAGGACUUUAUAGCAAUAAUGGAGGAGCUUAGGCGCCAAAAAAUCUACCCAAACACGACCUUCGAAAGCAUUGAAUGGGACAUGCUGCAGCUGCCCGAAAAUCCGGCGCAGGUAUUGGCAGGGCGCACUGUGCAGAUCUUGUGGCCUAGCAUUGUGGACAUGGAGGAAAUACAGGGUUACCUACAGGGUGCUGAUGCAGCAGAUGUGGCCAGCAUUAUGACCAUCAUGGAUCAUUUGGGCACAACAGUGCGUGAUGUGCUCAUACUGGCCAAUAGCAUAGAGGAUGGCACACAGCUCUUUGAAGGCGACGAUGCGGCUGCGCAUGCGUGGGAGUUGAGCGCUGUCAUUGAGUGCAUACGCAGUUUGCAGCACUAUCUGGAAAACACGGUGCGCGUGCUAAAGGCCGAAGCGCUCAAAGAGACGCAAGCGCCAACAACUCGUGAGGAGGACUUAGAAAUGUCGGCAAGCGUGCUCGAUGCGACAGAUAAAGUACCAACCGUAGAAACCCCCAUUGAGUUCACACGCGAAAACAACACUUGGCUAAAGUUUGCCAACAGAAAUUUACCUGCUCCUGGCGCCGGUGAAAUUCUGCCCAUCUUAGUGCGUGCGCAUUCAAGCGAACCGCUUGAACUGCUGGCAGUCACCGUAGAGGUACCGCAAUUGGUGGGCAUGCAACAAGCUGAAGUCGUUUUGUAUUUGGAUGUCCUCUCCGGCACGCGCUUUCAAAGUAUAAGCGCGCGCAAGCCGCAUUCGUUAAUCACCCUGCAAAUAGCCACUGAAACGUUGCUUGCCUUUGUCGAGGAUUGUUGCACCAUACGCGUGUUUGUCUAUCGCGGCGUGCAGGGCUUCGUGGAGUUUGUGAGCUUCAAGAGCGAAGCGGAUGUUUUGAAAAUAUUCGCCGUUAUGCUACACGACAGUGAUGGUUUGGAGCAGCGGCCGCACUUGGGUGUCGCUCAUGCUGUAGGUCUAGUCUUCUACCGGUUUGUUGGCGCGGGCUCAACGCUGCGCAUGCCCGCAAACCUACUGUGCAAUUAGGCCGAAUAAUUUAAUAAAUUAAA